AUGGGGCCGCCGAGGCCCGCGCUGCUGCUGCUGCUGCUUCUCGCCGGUGGCGCCUCGGCCGAAUACCAAUUGUUGGAAAACGUUGGCCCCAGCUGUUCAAAAGAUGCAACUCGAUUCAAACACCUCAGGAAGUACUUUUACAAAUAUGAGGCUGAGAGUUCCAGUGGAAUCCCUGGGACCGCUGAUUCGAGAAGUGCCACCAAGAUCAAAUGCGAGGUUGAGCUGGAGGUCCCUCAACUCUGUAGCUUCAUCCUGAAGACGAGCCAGUGCACCCUGAAAGAGGUGUAUGGCUUCGACCCUGAGGGCAAGGCCUUGCUAAAGAAGACCAAGAACUCUGACGAGUUUGCUGCUGCCAUGUCCAAGUACGAGCUCAGGCUAACCACUCCUGAAGGGGAGCAGGUUUUACUUUACCCAGAGAAGGAGGAACCCAAACACAUCCUGAACAUCAAGAGGGGUAUCAUUUCUGCCCUUCUGGUUCCUCCGGAGACACGAGAGGCCAAACAAGUGUUGUUUCUGGAUACUGUAUACGGAAACUGCUCCAGCGACUUAACUGUUCAAACAAGGACAGGAAAUGUGGCAACAGAGAUAUCCAUUGAAAGGAACCUGCAGAAGUGUGAUCACUUCAAGCCCAUCAGCACAGGCGUUAGCCCACUUGCUUUCGUCAAAGGCAUGAUCCGCCCCUUGUCCACUCUGAUCAGCAGCAGUCAGUCCUGCCAGUACACCUUGGACCCCAAGAGGAAGCAUGUGUCAGAAGCCACCUGCAAAGAGCAACACCUCUUCCUGCCUUUCUCCUACAAGAAUAAAUAUGGAAUGAUGGCACAUGUUACACAGUCUUUGAAAUUUGGAAACACAUCUAAGAUCAACAGUCGCUUCUUUGGUGAAGGUGCCGAGGAGGUGGGCCUUGCCUUUGAGAGCACCAAGUCCACGUCACCUCCAAAGCAGGCAGAGGCCGUUUUGAAGACCCUUCAGGACUUGGAAAAUCUGUCGGUUUCUGAGCAGAAUGCCCAGAGAGCUAACCUCUUCAGUAAGCUGGUUACUGAGCUGAGAGGCCUCAGCAAUGAGGCUGUCACUUCCCUCUUGCCAAGGCUGAUCGAGGUGUCCAGCCCCAUCACUUUACAAGCCUUGGUUCAGUGCGGGCAGCCCCAGUGUUACAAUCACAUCCUCCAGUGGCUGAAAAGUAAGGAAGCCCACCCCCUUUUGAUAGAUAUCAUAACCUACCUGAUGGCCCUGAUUCCAGAGCCCCCGGAAGAGAGGGUGCGGGAGAUCUUCAACACAGCAAAGGAGCAGCAGAGCCGGGCCACCUUAUAUGCCCUGAGCCAUGUGGUCAACAAUUAUCAUAAGAUAGCCCCACAGAGGACACAGAUCCUGUUGGAUAUUGAGGAUUACCUGUUGGCACAGAUUCACAAUGACUGCACUGGGGACAAAGAUCACACCUACUUGAUUCUGAGGGUCAUUGGAAAUAUGGGUAGAACCAUGGAGCAGGUGAGCCCAAGACUGUCGUCUUCAGUCCUGAAAUGCAUCGAAAGUACAGAGCCAUCACUGCUAAUUCAGAAAGCUGCUAUCCAGGCCCUGAGGAAAAUGGGAUCUAACGAAGAGAUCCAGGAAGCCCUUCUUCAGGCUUUCUUCGAUGGUGCCUCUCCAGUGGAUAAGAGAUUGGCUGCCUAUCUCAUGCUGAUGAGGGGGCCUUCCCAGGCAGAUGUUAACAGAAUUGUCCAACUUCUCCCAUGGGAACAGAAUGACCAAGUGAAGAAUUUUGUGGCUUCCCACAUUGCCAACAUCUUAAACUCAGAAGAAUUGUAUAUCCAAGAUCUGAAAACAUUACUGGAAGAAGCUCUAAAAGGAUCUCAACUUCCAACCAUCAUGGAUUUCAAAAAAUUUUCCCGGAACUAUCACUUUUCCAAAUCUGUUUCCCUUCUAUCACUUGACCCAAUCUCAGCCAAAAUCGAAGGGAAUCUUAUAUUUGAUCCAAAUAAUUACCUUCCUAGAGAAAGCAUGCUGAAAACCACCCUCACUGUCUUUGGAUUUUCCCCAGCUGAUCUCUUCGAGAUUGGUUUGGAAGGAAAGGGCUUUGAACCAACAUUGGAAGCUCUCUUUGGGAAGCAAGGAUUCUUCCCAGACAGUGUCAACAAGGCUUUAUACUGGGUUGAUGGCCGAGUUCCUGAUCAGGUUUCCAGGGUCUUGGUGGAUCACUUUGGCUACACCAAAGAUGAUAAACAUGCACAGGACAUGGUAAAUGGAAUUAUGCUCAAUGUUGAGAAGCUGAUCAAAGAUUUGAAGUCCAAAGAAGUCCCAGAAGCCAGAGCCUACCUUCGCAUGUUGGGAGAGGAGCUUGGGUUUGUCAAGCUCAAUGACCUACAGUUCCUGGGAAGGCUGCUGCUCAGUGGCAUUCACAUUCUGCAGGGGGUCCCCCGGAUGAUCGGAGAAGCCAUAAGUAAAGGCUCAAAGAAUGACUUGUUUCUUCACUACAUCUUCAUGGACACUGCCUUUGAGCUCCCCACCGGAGCUGGAUUGCAAUUGCAAGUAUCUUCAUCUGGAGUCAUCACUCCUGGGAUGAAGGCUGGAGUGAAACUUGAAGUAGCCAGUAUGCAGGCUGAACUGGUGGCAAAGCCCUCUGUGUCAGUGGAGUUUGUGACAAAUGUGGGCAUCAUCAUUCCAGACUUCGCUAGGAGUGGGGUCCAAAUGAACACCAACUUCUUCCACGAGUCAGGCCUGGAGGCUCGUGUUGCCCUGAAGGCUGGGCAACUGAAGUUUAUUGUUCCUUCUCCAAAGAGGCCAGUCAAGCUGUUCAGUGGCAGUAACACAUUGCAUUUGGUCUCUACCACCAAGACGGACAUGAUUCUACCUCUGAUUGAGAACAGGCAGACCUGGUCAAAUUGCAAGCCUUUCUUUGUUGGCCUGAACUACUGUACCUCUGGCGCUUACACCAACGCCAGCUCCACAGACUCCGCCUCCUACUAUCCACUAACGGGGGAAACCAGAUUUGAACUGGAACUGCAGCCAACGGGAGAGGUAGAACAGUAUUCUGCCAGUGCAACCUAUGAACUCCAGAGAGAAGGCACAGCCUUGGUGGACACACUGAAGUUUGUAACUCAGGCAGAACGUCUGGAACAGGCCAAGGCUACUAUGAUGUUCAAAUAUAACCGACAGAGUAUGACUUUGUCCAGUGGAAUCCAAAUUCCGGAUUUCAGUGUUGACCUUGGGACAGUCCUCAGAGUUAGUGAUGACUCUGCUAAAGACAAAAAGUCUUACAAGCUCACCUUGGACAUUCAGAACAACAAAAUCACCGAGGUUACUCUCACUGGCCACGUAAGUUAUGACUCUAAGGAAGAAGGGAAGAUCAAAAGUGUUAUUUCCAUACCCCAUUGGCAAGCCGAAGCCAGAAGUGAGAUCCUCCCCGCUGGUCCCACACAAAACUGUUCCUCCAAUGGACUCCUCUGCUACAGCUUAUGGCUCAAUGAUUUCCAAGAAGUGGCGUGGCGCUAUGAUGAAGAGAAGAUGGAAUUUGAAUGGAAUGCUGGCACCAAUGUGGAUACCAAAAAAGUGGCUUCCAAUUUCCCUUUGGAUCUCUCUGAUGUUUCUAGAAGCUUGCAUACGUAUGCCAACAGCCUCUUGGAUCACAGGGUUCCUCAAACAGAUAUGACUUUCCGGCACAUGGGUUCCAAAUUAAUAGCUGCAACAAACACCUGGCUUCAGGAGGCACCCAGGAACCUUCCUUAUGCCCAGACUUUGCAAGAUCACCUCAGUGGCCUAGAAGAGAUGAACAUACAGAAAAUGGGAUUGCCAGACUUCCACAUUCCAGAGAACUUAUUCUUGAAAAGUGAUGGCCGGAUCAAAUACACCUUGAACAAGAACAGUGUGAAAAUUGAGAUUCCUUUGCCUUUUGGUGGCAAAUCCUCCAAAGAUCUAAAGAUCUUGGAGACUGUUCAGACACCAGCCCUUGACCUCAAGUCUGUGGGAUUCCACCUGCCGUCUCAAGAGUUUCGAAUUCCCUCUUUUACCAUUCCCAAGUUUUAUCCACUGCGGGUACCUCUCUUGGGUGUUCUGGACCUGUCCACAAAUGUCUACAGCAACGUGUACAACUGGUGCCUCCUAUACUGGCGGCAACACCAGCACAGAUCACUUGAGCUGAAGGCCCAGUACUACAUGAAGGCCAGCUCUGUGGUAGACCUGUUCUCCUACAGCGUACAAGGAUCAGGAGAAACAACGUAUAACCAUAGGAACACAUUCACAUUAUCAUAUGAUGGAUCUCUACACCACAAAUUUCUGGAUUCAAAUAUCAAGUUGAGUCAUGUAGAAAAAAGUGGAAAUAGUCCAGCCUCAACAUGUUCACUAAUAUUUGAGGCAGCUAGUGCCUGGGGACCACAGAUGUCUGCUUUAGUUCACUUGGACUCAAAAAAGAAACAGCAUUUGUAUAUCAAGGAAGUCAAAGUGGAUGGGCAGUUCAGAGCCUCUUCAUUCUAUACUAAAGGCAGUUUUGGCCUGUCUUACCAGAGGGAUCUUAACACAGGCCAGCUAAGUGGAGAGUCCAACCUGAGGUUUAACUCCUCCUACCUCCAGGGCACUAACCAGGUAACUGGAAGUUACAAAGAUGGAGCAGUCUCCUUCACCUCCACCUCUGAUCUGCAAGGUGGCCUCCUUAAAAAUACGGCUUCCCUGAAAUAUGAGAACUAUGAGCUGACUCUGAAAUCUGACACCACUGGAAAGUACAAAGACUUUGCCACUUCCAACAAGGUGGAUGUGACCUUCUCUAAGCAAAACGCAUUGCUUCGUUCUGAGUAUCAGGCUGAUUACAAAGCACUGAGGUUCUUCACCCUGCUUUCUGGAUCACUCAAUUCCCAUGGUCUUGAAUUAAAUGCUGACAUCUUGGGCACUGACAAAAUUAACAGCGGUGCUCACAAGGCAACACUAAGGAUCGGCCAAGAUGGAAUGUCUACCAGCGCAACUACCAACUUCAGAUAUAGCCCACUGGUGCUGGAGAAUGAGCUGAAUGCGGGGCUUGGCCUCUCUGGAGCCUCAGUGAAGUUAACAACAAGUGGCCGCUUCAGGGAACACAAUGCAAAACUCAAUCUAGAUGGAAAAGCCACCCUCACAGAGGGAUGA